AUGGAGAUUAGGUAUCCGAAUACCGGUGACGUUCCGAAGUGCCGUAAGGCCCUCUCUCUCUUCCCUACAACCAUCCAUCCAUCUCAAAAGCCCGGCUCGUCUUCUCUGGCUCUUCCGUCCUCCGCACCACCAUGUUUCUUAGGACGCUGGCCCGCAAUACUUCCCGCUCCAUCCCCGCCUUCUCUCCAAGAGACCGCUGCGUUCAAUACUCGCGUCGCCGACAUGGAGGCCUUCUUUGCUCAGCCCCGGUUCGACUCGCUCAAGCGGCCAUACACCGCCGCCCAGGUUGCGGUCAAGCAGGGCUCACUGCCCGUACUCCCUCUCCCCUCCACAUUACUCGUGGAGAAGCUGUAUGCGACCCUCGACAAGGCUGCGAAGGAUGGAAAACCGGUCCACACCAUGGGUGCGAUUGACCCCGUGCAGAUGACCCAGAUGGCGCCUCACCAGGAGGUUGUGUACGUGAGCGGAUGGGCGUGCUCGAGCUUGCUCACCACGGGGAACAACGAUGUCGGUCCGGACUUUGGGGAUUACCCGUACACAACGGUGCCCAACCAAGUGCAUCGGUUAUUUCGCGCGCAACAGCUGCAUGACAAGAAGCACUACGAUGAGCGCAUGUCGGCCAGUGCAGAGGCUCGAGCAAAAAUGCCCUACAUCGACUACUUGCGACCCAUCAUCGCCGACGCUGACAUGGGACACGGCGGCCUCUCCGCUGUCAUGAAACUGGUCAAGCUCUUCACCGAAUCCGGCGCGUCCGCAAUCCACCUCGAAGACCAGCUUGUCGGCGGCAAGAAGUGCGGCCACCUCGCGGGCAAGGUCCUCGUCCCAGCCUCCGCGCACGUCUCGCGCUUGAUCGCCGCCCGCUUCCAGCUCGACCUGCUCAAGUCCCCGAUGCUGCUCAUCGCGCGCACGGACGCCGAGUCCGCGAAGCUGCUCUCCUCCACCGUCGACGUCCUCGACCACGAGUUCAUCCGCGGCGUCGCGCACCCGGACCGCGCGCUCGCCGAGGUCAUCGCCGCGGCGGAGGCGCAGGGGAAGAGCGGGAAGGAGAUCGACGCGCUCGAGGCGGACUGGCUCGCGCGGAACCCGCUCAUGACGUUCGCACAAGCGUUCGAGGCGGCGCUGGAGAAGUCCGGCGUGUCGGACAAAGCGGGCGCGUUGAAGACAUUCCGCGAAGCCGCGGACGGCAAGUCGAAUGCGGACGCGCGCGACAUCGCAAAGGACAUACUCGGCGAGCCCGUGUUCUGGGACUGGGACCUGCCCAAGACGCGCGAAGGCUACUACCACUACACGGGCGGCGUCGAGGCCGCGAUCAAGCGUGAGCUCGCGUUCGCGCCGUACGCGGACAUGAUCUGGCUCGAGACCAAGCUGCCCGACAUUGAGCAGGCGCGCUACUUUGCCCGCAAGAUCCGCGCGAAAUACCCUGGAAAGUGGUUCGUGUACAACCUGAGCCCGAGCUUCAACUGGGCCGCCCAAGGUUUCUCGGACGCCGACCUCAAGAACUUCGUGUGGGACCUCGGCAAGGAGGGCUUCGUCCUUCAGCUGAUUUCGCUCGCCGGCCUGCACCUGAACGCGAUGAUGACCGCCGAGCUCUCCGCGAAGUUCAAGACGGACGGCAUGCUCGCGUACGUGAACAUGGUCCAGAAGCGGGAGAAGGAGAUCGGCUGCGACGUCCUCACCCACCAGAAGUGGAGCGGCGCCAACUACAUCGACAGCAUCCUCACCACCGUCUCAGCGGGGUCGUCUUCCACGUCGGCGGUCGGCGGCGACUCGACGGAGAACGCGUUCUGA